AUGGCCCAAAGUCAUACGCUGGCUUUAUGCCUAAGUGGAACUAGAACUCCCAAUCUUGUAGCCUGCAGGCAUAAAAACAAAGAAACCAAAGGGGUAAACCUAGCCUGUAGCUUCUUCUCUUAUUCCUCUGAUCUUCAAAGUAAAGUUGAAGAAACAACCAAUAUAGAGCCGGAAUUAAAGAUGAUAUUUACUCAAGCCGGUAUAACACAAGAUCACCUGAAGGACAAGAGAACAUCAAAAAAGAUUUUUGAAAUUAUUGAGAAUCAAGGAGGAAUCCAAACUGUUUUAAAAGAGACAAAAGCCAGAGUCGUAGCUCAAUUACCCUGCAUGUCUCCUUCCAAAAAGACAUCCCACCAUAAUUUGAUCCAAAGCUUGAAGGAGGAGCAUCUGAAAAGGGCACAGAGUGACUAUCACCUAACUCCGGUCAGUCAAGAAGAUUUAAUUUGUCAGCUCAAAAAAGGAACACCAUUAAAACCGGUGGCUCAAAAUCAACUUUCCAAAGAUGAAGGAAUAGUAGCUGCACUUGAGGAUAUAAUUCAGAAGAGGCACAUAGCAAUACCUGCUUCAGGUAAUGAAGAGUUUCAAUCUGACUUGGAGUGUGAAGAUGAUUGGGAUGACUAAAAUAGUGCUACCUGCCAGAAGAAGCACUACUUGAUCUUUCUAUAUUGCAUUUAU